UGAAAUUCGGUUGGGACUUGUACGCUCUCCUCAACGUGACCAUCAUAGAGGCUUCGGGCCUGAAGGCCGCUGAUUCUAAUAUAGUUGGAAAGGCUACAAGCUCCGAUCCCUACUGUGUGGUCAAGCUCAUGAGCGACAACAUAUCACGACGCUCCCCGAUAUGUAAGAAGACGCUGUCCCCUGUAUGGAACCACGAGUGCUCUACUAUGGUCGUCAAUGUGCCCUGCCAAACUAUGAAGAUUCAGAUGUACGAUUGGGACGCAGCAUCGGAUGAUGACCUCAUUGGAGAGGCCUUGCUAGAUCUAACACAUCUAGCUCCCUCUACGAAAACCACUGGUUGGCUGCCACUCCAACUAGAUGGCGAACCCGCUGGAGCUGUACACCUCUCGCUGGAGAUUAAGUUCACCCCGUGGUCCGAAAAGAUCGCCUUUGUACAGGAGGAAAUGGUGGCCAAGCCAAAGCCCAAGCCCAAGUUCGACAUUAACGCCCUAUAUGGCCCUGCAAU